AUGGCGCAGUCGGAUGCGGCUUCCGAGAUACCAGCACAGAUGGUGCCGAUCCUUGGCGAGUGUGUGCUCAAGCUUUCACGUUCCACCACCUAUGAGCCGCCACUAUAUCUGUUCCCAGAGCUGCUGCCGCCAGUACCCCAGGGCACGCCGCCGCUGCCAGUGUGGGAUGCUGUGGCAGAUGCCGUGGAUAUCGCUGCCUCGUCGUGGCGCGUGGCAGACGCGACGCAGCUGAUUGCAGCUGGUGUGGAAGCUGCUGACGCAAGCAGUAUCAAGCCUUGCGCGGCGGUGGAGCGCCGGCCGCGGGCGAUGGUGACGCUGAGCUCUAUGAUUGCCGAAAACCGUCUUCUGGCGGCGGGCUUGGAUGCGGCGGUGCUGGAGAAAGACGCCUUUUCUUCCGCCUCAAUGGUCACCCACCUGGCCUCGCUUCAGGCACGAAUGGGACUGAGCGAUGAGGAGGGCGCUGCCAUCAUGUCGAACCACUUUAUUAAUCUCCUCGCGUGGCAGAAGCUGCGCGAGCUUAACGGUCCAGUUCUGCACACAGGUGUCUCUCGUGCCGAUCGAAAAGCAGGCGAGGAGACGGCGGCAGAGAGUGCUGCCUUUUCGCCCUCCCAGACUGUGCCGCCCUCGUUUCGGAAGCGCAGUCGUGCUCUCCAGGACGUGGAGGAUCGAGAUGCGUGGCUACCGUCGCCACACCCCUGGGCGACGGAGGCGGAGCUGAGGGAGUCGAACGGUGCUGUGCGAUUUGUGGCGGCGAGCGAGACAAACGUCGAGAAGCAAGUAGAGCUGCUGCACACUCUUGCCGAGCUCUACCAGCAGCCCUGGCGUACGCUUGCUUCACGAGGUCAACAAACAGACUUUGUGGUGCCGCCAGGAACGGUGAACGUCACCAGCCCAUUCGCGGACAAUAGCAAGGUGCCAGGGGCCCUCCUAGACCCUGUCACUAACCUCGGAUGGGGACCGGCCCUCACUUCAUCACCCAGCACAGACUACUUUGGUGGCGUUCGUGUGGCGCACACUGCUUGCUUCUACGCGGUGGUACUAUCCGUGGCAAGCUCCGCUGGAGUUGGGAGUGCUACCGCCCCUCCCCCGACGCGUCUACCGCUGGACGAACUUACCACCUACUUCGGCCGUGAGUCGGGGAUCCGACGAGCGGCGGCUGUUGCCGCGGCGACGGCAACUUCCGUCGUUGGCGCCUUGGCUCCUUAUACUACCCACCCAGAGGUGCUCUCCCGACUUCAGUUCGCGCUGGUGCUGCGGCCGGUGUACAAGCACGCCACGAACGCCAACGAUGUGAGGUUGUCCGACCGCGAGCUCUUCGUCGGCGAAGGAGCGCCUUCGGAGGAUGAGGAGGUGUCUGAUAGUGACGCAGAUGCGUGUCAAGGGCAGGCGGCAGUGUUGCACAUAAAGCGACCGCACCACUACACACUGUGGGUCGUCAACUACGGCCGCAAUGGUGUCCGCAUCGCUGGGCAAGGUUGGGUGCUGGGCGAUCCGCGGCGGCUGCAAGCCGGCGAUGUACUCAUCGUAGGAGACGAGGUGCAGCUACGUGUGGAGGAGCACUUUUCCGAGACUGCCGCUCGUGCGCCUUUCGCAGGCGACGAGACUUCCAACAACGCCUCUGUGAGCUCCUCUCACGUUAAACAAGAGCCGCUGGGGGAGGAGUAG